UAUAUUAGGGUCCUCAAAGGCCUAAUAAGGACUUAUAAUUAUUAAAAAUAAUAAUUGCAUAACAAGUAGAAUGGGUAUCUGCAUAUCCGUUGCAUCUUCAGAGAUUCAUGGAAUCCCUCAAGUUCAUGAUGAGAAUGUCAUGAUAUUUGAAGCAAGCAAGGUCCAAAAUGAGACUAAGAGACUUUGCUCUGUUUACUCUAAACAAGGUACUAAAGGUCUCAACCAAGAUGCUGCCUCUCUUCACCAGGAUUAUGGGAUGGAAAAUGGAGCAUUUUGUGGUGUUUAUGAUGGACAUGGAAAGAAUGGACAUAUAGUAAGCAAAAUAGUAAACAAUACUUUACCUUCUCUCAUAUUGAGCCAAAAGAAUGCUCUUGAGGAGAUUCAUACAACAAAAAAUGGUGUUGACAACAAACAAAACAAAUUUUCAAACAACUAUCUAAGAUGGAAAGAAGCUAUUCUUGGAGCUUUCAAUGUAAUGGAUGAGGAGGUGAAGAAACAAGAGAAUCUAGAUUGUUCUUGUAGUGGAACCACUGCUGUAGUUGUCAUAAGACAGGGUGAAGGUCUUGUCAUAGUUAACCUUGGUGACUCAAGAGCAAUAUUAGGAACAAUCCAAGAUGAAAAACUCAAAGCCAUUCAAUUAACCACUGAUUUGAAGCCUGGUUUGCCUUGCGAAGCAAAGAGAAUAAGGAGUUGCAACGGUUGUGUUUAUGCGUUAAAGGAAGAACCACAUGUCCAACGAGUAUGGUUGCCCAACGAGAACUACCCUGGCCUAGCCAUGUCUCGAGCUUUCGGAGAUUUCAUACUCAAAGACCAUGGUGUUAUUGCUACACCAGAUAUUUGGUAUCACCGUUUAACAUCAAGUGACCAAUUUAUUGUUCUUGCAAGUGAUGGGGUGUGGGAUGUACUAAGUAAUGAAGAGGUUGCAUCAAUUGUGUGGAUGGUAGAAAGUGAAGAGGAAGCUGCAAGGGCAGUGGUGGAAGCAGCCACAGCUGCAUGGGCAAAGAAGUUUCCUUCCUCUAGGGUAGAUGAUUGCACCGUGGUUUGCCAUUUCCUGCAGAAGAAACCACAAAACUUGGAGUAUAUGGAUAGUGGAAAAUUAGGUUAAAUGGCCCUUCCACUAGUUAUCUUCUAAACAUAAAGGGCAAGCUACAAUGUCUUGUAAAAACACGCUACACAGUACACAGAAAGCAUGUACACCAAAUGUAGGGACACAAUUGCAAUAUCGAGUAAACCUUUGUUUUCGUGCAUAAACAAUGGUCAUAUUAGUUUCAAAAUAUACAAAUAACUCCACACUUUUAAUGUGAAAUAUACACUUCAUGAAGGCUGUAAUUGUCGAUUUUAUAGAUUUUGUGCAUGUUUGGUUAUGAGAUGUGGAAACUAUUUGCAUCUCCUAUCAA